CUCCUGGUGUGUUGCCAGGCAAACAAGCUCUAAGGAUCAAGUGUGCUUUUGCCCACGCAGGGAAAAAGAAGAUAUAGGAGAACGAUCCAAACCAGAAGUUAACUGAAGCUUUAAAUGGAGAAACAGAUGGAUUUUGAAUCUUCAAAGCCUUUAUAUAAAAAAUGACCGUCCUGUAUAAAAAAAGCUCCUCACGCCAGAUCAUCGUUAUUGGCUUUUAAUGUCAAAAGUUCAGUCUGAACAGCAUAAUGCUGUUUGAAAAAAACAUCACUAAUAGGAAGAAAGCUGUUUCAAAUUCAGAACACUAAACAGAAGUAAAUGCAACAUAAUGCCUUCAAAGGUCUCAUGCUUAUAUGUCUUGACAGUUGUUUGCUGGGCAAGUGCUCUCUGGUACUUAAGUGUAACCCGCCAAUCAUCUUCAUAUGUAGGCCAUACUACAUCAAUUAGUCAAAGACAGGUGGUAGUGAAGAAAAGAAACAUAACUUUCAACAACAUUCGAACUCGCCCUUUGAAUCCGCAUUCCUUUGAAUUUCUCAUAAACGAGCCUAAAAAAUGCGAAGCCAACACUCCCUUUCUGGUUAUCCUCAUUAGCACAACGCACAAAGAGUUUGAUGCCAGGCAAGCCAUCCGAGAGACUUGGGGGGACGAAAGUAAUUUUAAUGACAUCAAAAUCAUCACGUUGUUUCUUCUUGGCCAGAAUACAGAUCCUGUAUUAAAUCAAAUGGUAGAACAGGAGAGCCAAAUUUUCCAUGACAUCGUUGUGGAAGACUUUAUAGAUUCUUACCAUAAUCUUACCCUGAAAACGUUAAUGGGCAUGAGGUGGGUGACCACUUUUUGCCCAAAAGCAAAGUAUGUCAUGAAAACAGACAGUGAUAUUUUUGUAAAUAUGGAUAAUCUGGUCUACAAACUACUGAAGCCAACAACAAAACCAAGAAGAAGAUACUUCACUGGUUACGUCAUCAAUGGAGGUCCAAUCAGGGAUGUCCGCAGUAAAUGGUACAUGCCCAGGGAUUUAUACCCUGAAAAUAAGUACCCACCCUUCUGUUCCGGCACUGGUUAUGUGUUUUCUACAGAUGUUGCUGAACUCAUUUACAAAACCUCACUUCACACCACGCUGCUCCACCUUGAGGAUGUCUACGUCGGCAUGUGUAUGCGCAAACUAGGCAUCCACCCGUUUCAAAACAGUGGCUUCAAUCACUGGAAAAUGGCUUACAGCCUGUGUAGAUACCGAAGAGUUAUCACAGUGCACCAGAUCUCUCCUGAAGAAAUGCAUCGGAUUUGGAACGACAUGUCAAGCAAAAAGCAUCUCAGAUGUUAAUACUGUAUAUAUUUAAGUUUAGUGUUCAAGUAAUAAGAAGGACCGGCAUGUAAUUUAUACAUAUCACUCUGUUCCCAGCAGUUUUGGGUUUUGGACAUUUUUAUCAUAAAACUAUUUGUGUUUUCAACUAUUUUCUGAUAUUUAGCUUUUGGAGGGAGUUAAUGAACAGAUAUGGUUCCAUAAGUGCAUGUGUAUGUUUAAAUAAACAUGGCAAUGAUAUACAUUUUACAAAAUGUUUAUUUUUAUUAGUGUCUUGAUACUAUCAGUCACUUGGCAAACCAGUAGAAGUCAGUGAUAAUGAUAUAUAGAUAAAUUGGUGCAUAUUGUAUUUCAUCAAACAACAAACACUAAAGUAGGCUAAAUUAAAAUAUGUAGUCAAGCAGGAAAUAAUGUAAAGCAUUUUGAUUGACAGUGAACUAUUUAUUUGUAUGAGCAACACUCUUAAGCAAAAACUGAAGUUCAUUAUGGUCGAUUGCUGUUCUGCUGGAACUUUGCACUAAAAGAGAUACAUGUAGAAAGUGUUUGUUCAUUGAUUAUGCUUUAGCUAAGCAAAAUUGGGAAAAAUUAAUUGCCAGCAAGUACAUGUCUUAAAGAUAUGCAAAAUGAAUUAUGUAAAAUUCCUGCGUUCUGAAGCUAAUCUAUGUAUUGUAAAAAAGAAAAAAUAGAAAAAAGGAAAAUAAGUAUCAAAAAAUGGUUACCAUCGUCAUUAUAGCUUAGUGUUAAAAAUGAACUGUGUAAAGUUUAUUGAUGCUUGAUGUAAAAGCUGUGUUUUUAUUAUGAUGUAUGUACAGAUCUUCGUAACUUUUCUUCAACAGCAGUAAGUAUUAUUGACCAUACGUAACCUGGUGUAAAAGUGAAAUACGUUAUUUACAUUGUAUUAUAUUCACUGCUAAAGAAAUUAUUGCAGAUAGAUAUAUUUUGUAUUAUAUGAACCAGAUGACAAUUUAAACUGGCUUUAUAAUAUGAGCCAAUUUAAUUGAGCUGCUUAUAAUUUUUUUUUAUUAUUAUUAUUAUGUAGUAUAUGUACUAUUGUGAUAUUUUACCGUGCAAGCAUAGCUACAUUGUGCCUAUUGCAGAUUAUUGUAAUGUACAG